AUGGACGACAACUCAAUCGCGAUCGAACAUGAGUUCAGAAAGGUAGAGAUCGAUCUAGGACUCCACAUCAGCGAUCGUGCCGGCCGAAUUCGCUCAGUCAGAGACCUUAUAGUAGGCGUAUUUUGGAUUGUCCAGAUGCAAGAAGAGGCAGAAUAUGGAGACGAGAGGAUUCGUUCCGGCUUCACUACAGACGAAAAUCUCCUCAUGUUCGCAUUCGGAAAGUAUUCCGAAUUCAAGGUGCAAGGCUACAAUAUUGUUGCUCGGUCCUUCCCGAAAGAUUAUGAUGUACUCAAUAAUAACGAACCCGGGGAAUCGCUCAGUCAAACUUAUGGAUACUGGUAUGAGAAUGGCUCAAGGAACGACGACGAUAUUGUAAUCGGUGCAAGUGGUCAUUUCUUGCACUACCUAAGUGUGCUACCAGACCGAUUCUUCCAGCCUUUGAAACCCUUUGAAGGUCUUCAGGCUUUGCAAGGUCCCAAAGGCCUCGAUAUCAAAAGAUAUAGGACCGUCUUCCAGGAGAUUCGUGAGGGCGUCAAAGUACAAACAAGUAAUUUCUGGAUCGUUGGAACAAAGAAAGGCGACGCGAGCAUGUUCUCUUGGGACAUCUCUACAUCCCUAGCCCACGUCAUUGCUUUAAAGAAACGCGAUGCAGAUGACCAGCUUAUACUAAGCUAUGAUCUGUCCCGAGAAGAUUGGAGGAUAGCCUGUUUUCGUACAUUCUAUGUGGUCGGUGAGAGAAUGUUGGGGCCAUUCAGUUGCAACCCAGCGAACAUGCUUGGAUCAACGUCUCGAUUGGCUAAAACUUUCUGGAAAGAAGCUUGGGACAUGGCCAAGAAAGGGAAGAGAGUUGAUGAUGGUCCGGCCAUCGUACCGCUUGAGGUUGAUUGUGCACAGGACAUGGAGAAAAUAUACGACCCCGAAGCAGAAAACCGCGGCACAGAUGAACUCUUAGUAGAAGUUUGUCGUCUGUUCUGGCGGGCUGCGGAUGUAUCCAUGAGAUUCGAUCAAUCAAAUGAGGAUCCUGGAUUAGCCACAGAUUAA